AUUAUAUUUUACAGUGAGGAUGAUUUCACAUCGGACUAUACCACCCCCGAAUACUCCUAUGAGUAUGACUAUGAGGAUUUUGCACCAUGCAAGUAUGACAGACACAGCGCUGUUUUCCUGCCUGUGUUUUAUUCCCUGCUCUUCGUGUUCGGGGUAAUCAGCAAUGGCCUCGUUGUGUGGGUCAUGUUGAUGUCUGUGAAGCUUCAGAGCAUCACAGACAUUUGUCUCCUGAACCUGGCUGGAGCGGAUCUUCUGCUACUCAUCACCCUGCCCUUCCUGGCCCACUACUCGAGAGCGGACUGGGUCUUCGGUCCUUUCACGUGCAAAGUCGUCAUGAGCAGCUACUACAUUGGCUUCAACAGCAGCAUCUUCUUCAUCAUAAUCAUGAGCAUCGACCGCUAUCUGGCUGUAGUUCAUGCAGUGAGUUCCCUCAAAACCAGAACACGCAGAUAUCAAGCCAUCAUGAUUGCUGUAACCUGGAUCGUAGGACUUUUGGCUUCAUUUCCUGAAAUAACGCUCAUUGAUGUUCAUUUACAAAAUCACACAAGCUUGUGUGAAGUUGGUUAUAAAAGUAAGGCACACCUGAGAGCAUUUGGCCUGUUUAAAAUGAAUGUGACCAGCCUUCUGAUUCCAUUUUUCAUCAUGGUGUUUUGCUACUUGAGGAUCCUGAGGAGAAUACUCCUCUGCAAGUCAAAAAACAGGAACACCAUACGCCUUGUGGUGGUGGUGGUCAUGGUGUUCUUCUGCUGUUGGACCCCCUACAAUGUUGCAUCUUUCUUCCAGGCACUAGAAGUGCUCAGUAUCUACACAGCAUGUGAAUCCAGCAAAGCCAUUCAGUUGAGCCUGCAGGUGACGGAGGCUCUAGCCUACUCCCACACCUGCUUGAAUCCCAUCAUUUAUGUCUUUGUGGGCCAGAAGUUCAGGAGGCACCUGUUUAAACUCCUGAACAGGAUGCCAUGCAUGUAUGAUAAGUUUAUGAUUUCCACAGUCACACCACAGCUAUCCCAGACAAGCAAGACUGAACGGUCCAGUACAACUAUGAAUGUCACUUAUGUUUAAAAGAAUUCAAUGUUGUUGCUGUUGCUAUAUAUACAUAUAAACAAGCAUGCAUUGCAGUCUAUCAGAUCAUCUCAACAACUUACAGAAUGAAUGUAAAAGCAAAUAUAUUCAUUUCCGCCUGGCACUAAGCAUGUAAUACUUCACAAUACUAAGCCAUAGAAAGGUUCCCAAUGAAACCCCUGCAUUCCCACAUCAUAGAAACUCUAAUAUCAACAUUUGUAAGAUCAUAUUUGUAGUGCCUGCAAAUUUUUAAUUGAUGAGACUGAAAAUUGAGAAAUUUCAGCAGGUGCAAGUAGUUUUUCCUCAUAAGAAGGAUGAUAUCAAGACUGUGUCAGCAUUUACACAUCAAAUUAUGACAUAUCUGUGUAGCCCAGAAUGUCCUGAAAACAAAACCAUAAAGCACAUGUGGGUAACUCAUGUAUAAACCAUGUAAUAAGUCUAUAAUCAAAGGGAUAGAAAAACGCUCAAAAAUGGAAAGGGUUCAAUGGGUCAUUGCGGAUGUUGCACCUUUCUGUCAUGGUAAAGAGAGAACUAUUUAUACAGCUUUUUGUUUUGGGCGAUCUACAUUCCUACCCUCAUAUAUGAUCACAAGCUUUGGGUAGUAACCGAAAGAAUGAGAUCAUGGAUACAAGUGUCAGAAAUGAAUUUCCUUUGCAGAGUUUCUGGACUUGGCCUUCGAGACAGGGUGAGGAGCUCGGACAUUUGGGAGCAGCUUGACGUAGUGCCACUACUCCUCCCUAUCAAAAGAAGCCAGUUGAGGUGGUUUAGGCGUCUAUCUAGGAUGCCUCCCUGGGGAGAUGUUUCAGACAUGUCCAACCAGGAGGAGACCCUGGGGCAGACCCAGGACA